UUUCUGAACGCUUACUAUUUUUUCGGUGGGUUUCUAACGGCAGGUCGCAAACGCGACAUAAGCAAUGUCUAUCAAAUCAUAUAUUUUGGCGACUCGUCCGUCGACGUCGGGCAGCCUUUUUCGAUAUCGUGCAUCACGUCGAUCACCGAUCCGAUCGACUGGCUCAGGGACGGGGAGCCCAUCCGGAAGCACAACCAGAUACGGCACGGCAAGGACGAGCACACGUACAUCGAGAGUGAAAUGGGAGUCGCAGGCCUGCGGGACAAAAUCGAGUCAAAGAUUAGCGUACAGCAUGCUCUACCGAAGCACCAAGGCCGCUACCAGUGCAACUCUCUAUACAGAAGCUAUCACAUGCUAUACGUCCAUGGUAAUGCUUCAUCCGGUGGCAGUGGCAGCAGUGCUGGCGGUCACGACAGAACAUCCGGUAGAAGUUCUAGCGACCAAGCUCUGGAAAAACUGGACGCUUCUCUCAUCGGACCGCUGCUACUGACAACAAUUAAGCCCACAUUGAUUACCUCAACCUCAGGCUCUCAUCACCAAGUGACAACACCUGGUGCGUUGGUCUCUCUCAAUGCUCAUCCUAUUUCUAUAGAUGUCGACAAACAACAUUCCCAGCAUCACCACCACCAGCAGCAAUCACACCAUCAUCAUUCCCCAAGCGAUAAAUCUACAAAAUCUGAUGACAAACAAAAGUCCCAGCACGCUUUCAAGACAGAGUCGGUACGAUUUAUGAAUAAGAAUCAGGAGCAAUCCACAACGAAAGACACCCUAGCCCUACCAGACGACGAACGGUACGGCGGGGAUAACCUGGGAGGCAAAAUUAAUAAGGACAUCAAAGAGGAUGAAUACCCCGAUACAACGGGAGCGAACGGGGACAAUGAUAACGAUGAUAUUGCCGAUAGGGAGGACAAUGCCGGCAAGGCUAUUGUUAUCCUCGAUGAAGAUAGAUACCCCACUUCCGGGGUAACCAACCCACUGGAUGCCAUCGACGGUGCAGAUGAAGAGUCAAUCACCAGAGACGAUAACGCCCAAGUGGGGUCCAAAGACGACGUCGACAAUGCUGCCGAAGAUGCCAACUCACACGAAGGAGAGUUCAUCGUAAUCGAAAAAGAUGUCUCGAUUGAAGACAAUAUCGACAAAUUGAUACUGAACAAGAGUGAAAUUAAUGGCAUGAUUCGGGUCGACAGCGACGAGGAUCCCCAUCAUCACCAUUCGCACCGGAAGCUGGAUCGUAUGCGAAACGAAAACACUUUGAUACAAGCCCCGGCCAAUACAAUCCCCACCAGCUCGACUACGGCCCUGAUGAUAGUACCGACCACAACCCCUACCACUAUCACCCACCCAACGACCACCACAACUUCCACCACUGCCGCCACCGGUGCACCGACGACCACCAUCAUCAAGCAGCAUGGCCACGGGGCUGGCGAAGGACAUCACCAUCAUCAUCAUCGCAAUCACGAACAGCAGCAGGGCCAACACGCGUCAGCCGCGGUUUCAGAUAUCCUGCAUCCCAACUACGAUGAUCCCAGCUCUAGUUUAAAAUAUUACGACAUCGCGAAAGCACUGACGCUCGGUUGUAAUAUCACGAAAGAGGGCGAUUAUGAGUUAAGUUGGUAAGUGUCUUUUGAUUUUUAGCCAAUAAUGAUGAUACUGUACU